AUGGAGGACUUUGUCAACAUUCUCGCAACUAGGACCACGGACGCUGAUAACAGUUGGUUAUGGGAUAAUCAACUGGACUUGGCUACAGUACUCUUGACAGUGGUUGCAAAGAAACGAAACGACAUACUCAUCAUGCCAGCGGGUGCCGCGACUAUAUUGGCGAGCGUUGGCUUGUGUCUGACCGAUAAAGAGAAGUUCAAAACUCUUCCCCGAUCGAUAAAAUCUUAUAAAACCAUGACACGAAACGACGUCCGGUGGAUUGUGAUUCCAGUAUCGAACGGUAUGGCUAGUCGUCAGGAAGUGGAACGUGUCAAAGUGGCGAGGGCGGAAGCCAGGGAGGCUAAGAGGAACAAACAAGUCGUAGAGCAAGAGCAGGGAGCCACAGAAGAACAGAUACACGAGCAAGAUGCAAUGGUUGUUGGUGCUCAAGAGAGAGAUCCGAAAGAGGAUAAAGAAGAAGACGAAGAAAUUUUGAUCCCAAUGCAAUCUCGCGGCGGUACGCACUGGGGUUUCAUGGUGAUCGACAAAGAAAAAAACGAUGCCCGAUGGCUGGAUGGCCACGUUGACGUGAGACAGAAAGCUAACAAGCACUGGUAUAUACACGAGAUGAUUCCACAAGGACCGGCGUGGGCUGCUGGAAAGAUUCUCUGUGGAUACGACAAGGUUAUGGAUCUAGAGCGAGGAGGGUUCACGGCAGCCACACUCAAACACGUCCCUCACGAUACCAAGAACAACAGCUAUAGAGGUGAUCAUCACUCAGCGUGUGGGCCAUGGGUAUAUGCCAUGCUCAAAUACAUACUCGAUAACAAGAAAUUCCUGACCGAUGCGGGCGGACUCUACAGUGCGUUCAGUUCGAGAUAUAGGAGAAAACACCCACAAAAAAUGGCGUUCAACUCGCUCCAAACACGCAGAGAUAUGCAGGAGAUUAUCCGAAAAGAGGCCGACAAGAACUUGGGCGAGAACGUUUUGCCGUACAAAAUGACUGUGCGCGUUGUGCAGAUCCUAGGCCUUCCUAGUACUGGUCAACUAUGCGAUGCGGUCGCAUCCUUGAAUCCGAAUCGGAGGGCCCCACCUGGACCAGGUGGCAACAGAAGCUCAAGAAAGAGGCCGGGCAGUGACGAUGAAAGUAAUGACGGCGACGACGACGGCUGGCCAGACGAGCACGAAGGAGUUUCGCGUGCCCAGUACCAGGUGUAUUUACAAGAAGGCGAGCCAUACACCAAAAAUCGUCUGGAUGAAGUUGUAAAGGCGUUCAAAGACAACCAGGACGACAUUGCGCGCAACUUCCAACGAAAGAAGCAUGGAGUUCUUACCAAGAAUCCGGAAUACAAGUUCCCUCAAGGCUUCAGUAAGGACAAACUACCCGCAUUCGACCAACUAAAGAUGGACAGUUCGGAACCGUGGUACACAAUCUAUCAAAACGACCUUCUCAAGGUUGACGAUUCGAGAAGCCUUGCCCUUCAAACAUCCAGAGCGGUGCUCCACAGCGUAUUCAAAGGUAGCUUCAAAGGCGAAAACCCGGCGGUUCUCAAGGACUACCUUAAUGCGCAUGCUUUCACGUUCGCAGAACGCUCUCAAACCUGGACAUCUGAAACUAUCGCAGAACGUCUAGACCAGACUUAUUUGGACCUGGCUCUGCCAUUGUUCGCUUCUUUAUCCGACGCAGGGGUGGACAUCUGGGUCAAGAACUUGCAUCCUAGCGCCAAGAAGGUGAUACAAGAUGCCGCUGGUGUCACUCAAUACACUACCGCCCGUGGACUUCUGUAUCGCAUGUUCAUUGGCGAGUUCGCAGACAUGACGGACAGGGAUGUCGAUGAAUGGCGCGCAAGCGAUCCUCAUAUGUUAGAAGCUGGGAAGCAAGAUCUGGGGGUCGCGAGAUGGUGGUUGACAUGGUACUACUACCAGGGUGAUGCGAUGGAGAAGCUGCCGUAUUUGGCAGAGAGUCCACUUCACUGGCCACCUCGUGAGCAUCGAGAGGUACAUGGACAGAAGAGGAAGAGAGCAAGCGAUGCAGUGGAUGAAGGCGAUGAUGCGAUUGCCGGGCAGCCUUCAUCUGACCCUAAUGAUGCAUCCAAUGUCGCCCAACAGGAUCCGAACACAAUCCAGUGGGCCACGAUCGACCACGCUACGCUCAUGAAGCAUGUGACGAAGGAAAUCCGAGAAGAUCCGCGCAUUGGUGAGCUAUCAAACGACUACACGUACAGAGCCAUUCUCUUCGUGAAACACGGUGGGACGUUCAAAAAUGAGAAAGACCGUGCUGGUAUCUGGAUCCGUGAUCUCAAUGUCUUUACGCUAGGCUACGAGGAUCAAAUCCCCAAACGUGACGUCUUUCGCGCGAAAGAUGGCGGGUUGGUCAUCCGACCCACUCAGGCUGAGAUCUUGAAGCGGAUGAAGGAGAAGUAUGAGAAGACCUCUAGCAAGCCUGCAUCGACCGCUAAAAAAACACCCUCGGGCCGAAAAGGUCCACUAGGACCCAAAGGGCCUCCGGGAUCUCAGAAACCUGCAAAGACUUCGAAGCCUUCGAAACCUUCAAAGACUUCAGAAUCGUCAAAGCCGUCAAAACCGUCAAAACCGUCAAAACCGUCAAAACCGUCGAAAACUUCAAGCCGUCCAAAGGCUACAAGCCAGCCAGCUCCACCUCAGCCAGAGCUCCCGAACAUUCUCGUGAUCAACAACAUGCUUGCCCAAGAAAUUGCGAACUUCACGCAUAUGGCAAGUGAUCAAGUUAGAGAGUUUGUCGAUCUGCUUCCGUCCAAAAUCGUCGAGAGUAGACGCCCAAUGGACACUUUGGGCUGGAAAUCUGUUCUCCAAAAACUUUUCAGCACGUUCGAAGAUCUAUCUUCCGCGGAUAUGGAGGUUUGGCUGGACCAUCCGAUUUUUGAGGGGCGUGAAGAAGUAGAGGUCGACGAAAUGGUUGCGAAGCUGAACGAGAGCGUCAAGGAGCUUGGUGAUAUUUCUUUCAAGGGAAGAUCCGGUUUUUAUCCCAAGAGCUACCUGUACGAAGCAGUCGCGCGAAACUCGGUGGAUUCGAGCUUUGAGCCGGUGGUCGCCCAGCCUGAGAAUGUCGACCUUGGAAAUCUGGAUGGUCUCUCUGGAUCUGGGGAAGAGUUCAAGUCUGAGUCUGAUGUUGAAGACGAGCCGGAAGAUACGGCUACGGGUGCCAAACGGAAGCGUGCACAGGCAGAAGCAGAUGCACGGGCGAGGAAAAGGCGUAAAGGCGAAGCCCCAGAUUUCCGCGUUAUGGCAGAGACUGACCUCGCCAUUUGGGUCAAGGAGCUUCCAUCUGACUUGAGAAAACCACUGCUUGACGAUAUUGGCGAAGAGUUGCUAUCGGCGAAGGCGCAUAUCGCACGCUGCUACCUCGAGCGCAUAUACAAGAAGACGUUUCAGACUUGGGCCGCUGAGAACCCCUUGACUGAUGCGAGCGUGAAAGAGAUCAGGCUAUGGAGGAGUUUGGGAACGUUUGACCAGCGCAAAAAGUACGAAAGAAAGAACAAGCAGGGUCUGAAGAACUUUUGCGAAGAGCAAUUGUUCCCACAGACAAGAUUGAUUGACACUGGAGGAGAGAAGAAGAGCGUCGAAUUACCGGAUUAUAGUAAUGACAAGGAUAAGUGGCCGGAGGAAUGGAAGUAG